AACGAACCAAAGAUUUGCAUCCUUUUGAGAGAGUUCUCUUUCUUUUCACAAACCACUUCUUUUUUAUUUUCUACAACAUAACACCCUACAUCUCAUCAUGUUCAAGUCUGUCAUCGCCCUCGCCCUUGUCGCUAGCGCCGCUGCUUUCGCACCUGCCAACGUUGGAUUCCGAUCCAACACUGCCUUGAACGGUGAAAACGACGAUAAAGUCAAGGAAAUCAUUGUCGAGCAAGUCGGAUGCGACGAAGACAAAGUUGUCCCUGAUGCUAAGUUCAUCGAUGACCUCGGACUUGACUCCCUUGACACCGUUGAAUUGAUCAUGGCCAUCGAAGAGGAAUUCGACUGCGAAAUCCCUGAAGAGGAAGCCGCCAAGAUCUCCACCGUUGGAGAGGUCAUCUCCUUCGUCGACAGUCUUUAAACCGGAUGGUACUGACAAGAUCAGAUGAAUUUUUCUCGCGUGUGAAUAAAAGACUUUUGAUUGUGGGCACAGUACAAGACAUCAUCGUUAUGCCAGAUUUGGAAUGGGAUCAAGACCGAUCUAGUAGCAUCAGUGUCUAAUGAAAACGAGAAGUUUAUAGAAUACAUACUCAAGCCUAUCUUGAUCUACUGAUUAUCAUUUCUUAUCGUAUGUGUGGAAGAUGAAAUAUUUGCUAGGCGUGAUACGAUAUUAAACACAUCACUCAAGCAAUACAACUUAGUUGUCACAACGGUGGUGUACCAAAAAAUGUUGAAGCUGCAACGCAACUUGGACGAUUAUUUCUGUCUUGAGUUCGAUGAUAUGACCCCUCUUCACAAAUACGUAGAUCUGCUGGGUGAUUCUUUGCGAAUAUAAGUUUACUGACCAAGUAUGUUCGUUUUUCAUUACAAGGUUAGACUCAGAAUAAACAGUGACUACACUGAAAGAGAAUCCCAAGAUUCAGAAUUGAAAUGCUUUGUUGAUGUGAGAAAGCCAUACGUUGGUAUCGCUACGAGUGCUAGUUUUCAAUUGUGACAAAUGCACUAUUGCAAUACACAAACAUACUCAGUGAUUCACUCCGGUUUAUGUCACUAUUUUCAUUUUGGAAUGAGGAUGCUUUAGUUACGCUCAAUUUUCAACCAUACGAUAAUUCCAUGCUAUUUUUUAUUAAUUUGAAGGUGACGAAAGCAUACCAAGGCAAAAGUCACUUCCUUCCUUGAGAUUUAUUGUUUUGUUGGAAGCUCGAAGGUUUCUUUCCUGUGACGGCACCGCCAAUACCUCGUACUAUGUUUCUCCCACCUGAGAAUAUUCCUUUCCCUACUUGAAGAACACCACCCGCCGUGCCUGUCACAGCUUUUUCAGCACCCGAUUUGAUGCCACCGCCAAUUGAUGAAACACCUUUCGCAAUGCCUUCAACGACUGCCUUUCCAUCCCCAGUGGUAAUUCCUUUUCCAAUACCUUGGCCCAUUUGCAGAGCACCGCUAGUUACUUAAAUAAAAACGUAGAAGUAAAAAACGAGGAUGUACUCUCAGUGAACAAGUAGCUUUCCGACUCGUGGACAUCUGAAGAACAUGUGGAUUUUGUUUUAAAAGGAUAAAUUCAAAUACAGCGACGAGCACGUACCUCCUCCAGCAAUAUGGCCUACUCCCAUACCUGCUCCUUCGAUAAUUUUAUUUGCUCCAGUGGCAACUUCAAAUCAAUAGCGUUGCAUUACAAAUUUGAAAAAGAUUAGUUGUAUUCGAUGCAUUACGCGCUGAAUGUUUUCGCCUCAAAGCCUGAUGGGAAUGUAUCUAACUUACCACCUGACACUGUAUCACCAACACCAUAACCUAUGCCAGUCACAGCACUAUUGAAUCCGGUGCCAAAUUUACGUGCUCCGAUUUUGCCAGCUCCACUUUCGACACCAUCUCCGACAAAAGAAGCGAUACGUUUGAAACCACCUCCUACUCCAUUUCCGGCGUACCCCACGAUUGAACCUGCUGCCUUUCCUGCAACAUUACCAGUGGCUCGCAAAAUAUCUCCUUCGACGUACUCAUCUUCACCUUCUCGUGCUGCAAGCCCUUUCCAGUCAUUUAUUGUAGCUGCUGUUAACAACGGGACAAUCUUGUAUUUAAUCUUGUCUAUGUAAACAGUCUUCAUUACUUCAACCAACCUAUCCAAUGGUCCUUUUAAGGCUCGAACCUCGUAUCCUGUGAAAUUCAACUCUGCCCUGUCAAUCGUGAAUUUCAAUUUCCGGGUGAAAUAAUUGAUGGCUGAACUUCCAGGUACAUCUUUCACUUUCUCAUAACGUGUCAAGUUAGCACCACGACGAAAGCUUACGACGACUGUAAAUGGCGAUACAAGUACGCGAGCGACGUCGUAAAGCGUAUCGGAAGUUGGUGUGGUAUAUUGAUUCUUCUCGACAGAUUUCGAACGAGAC